GACGACAAAUUUUGGAUUCGCUCGACAUGGCUUCAUCGAAGAAGAGGGCCGUCUCGGGGCCUGUCAAAGCUUCCCAGAUGAACGGGCAUGUCAGUAAAGGCAAAGCGCGAGCGGUUUCGGACUCGCACACGCUUGCUAAAGCGCAAAAACCAAGUUUGCAGCCCACGACGUCACUUCCACCUGCUGCCUCAAGUUCCGCACAAGCCGAGAUGUCUCAAGAUGAAAUGGAUAUGAACGAGAUAGGAGGCUCGAGUGAUGAGGAUCCAGAUGAUACGAACGGCGGCGUGACAGAGCAAGGCAUGCAAAGAUUGAUGGAGCUCAUCAAGGAUAUCGAGCCCGAAGAGCUUGGUCUGCUAGCUUCAGACGACGAAGACUUCGAUGAGGAAGGAACAGAGGAGGGCGUGGCUUCAGAAGCGGACAGCGAGGAUGACACGGGGGAUCUCCUGCCUGAUGAAGAAGAUGACGACGACGACGGUGAAGACGAAGAGGAGGACGAGCAAGAGAUUGCUCAAGAGGAUGUCGAGACGCUCGACGACGCAGAUAGCAUACUACCUCUACAGAACGGACACAACGACAUCGCUCCAGAGGAAAGCGAGGAUGGUCUUGAUCUUGACGAAGUGUCCGAUAACGCCGACGUUGAAGAUGCGGUCAUCAAGACAAAGAUAUUCGUCAAUGACACUGUGGCUCUCGAUCGAGUGCUCAAGACGUUCCGGUCGAAAGCUGGCUUCUUCGAGACUCAGACCCUCACCUACGAUACGCCGCUCGUCAUCCCUGAUGCGUCCAACGACUUGGAACGAGAGCUCGAAUUCUAUAAGCAAUCCCUCUGGGCAGCGAAAACGGCGCAUACGCUCUUCAAGCAAGCUGACAAGCCGUUCACUCGUCCGGAUGACUACUUUGCAGAGAUGGUCAAGUCGGACGAUCACAUGGAACGAGUCAGGCAAAAGCUCGUCGACGAGACCGCUGCCAUCAAAGCAUCGGAAGAGGCCAGACGACAGCGACACCUCAAGAAGUUCGGCAAGAACGUGCAAAUCUCAAAGCAGAAGGAACGAGACGCAGAGAAAAAGUCGCUGUCUCAAAAAGUCAAAGCUUUCCAGCAAAAGCGAAAGGAUGGCGGCGAGGUCGAUGCGGGCGACGAGUUCGAUGUCGAUCUGCUCGACACGGACGAGCCGCCGAGCAAGAGAGCAAAGUUCGACAAUGCUCGUGGUGGACGUGGCGGUCGUGGUGGGCGUGGCGGACGAGGCGGGGGUCGUAUGCCUCGGAGCGAUCGGGACGCCAAGUAUGGCAAUCCUUCUGCGGGCAGAAGACCCAAAGAGAACACUCGCGAAUCACUCGACGCUGGCUCGUUUGGCGGCAGAGGUCGAUCUCGUGGCGGACGUGGCGGUAGUCGCGGUGGCUCGAGCCGAGGGGGCUCACGAGGCGCCAAGCGUGGUUCGGCCAAGCGACCGGGCAAAUCGAUGCGACAGUCGAACAGAUAG